GACUAGUCCACAUGUGUUAACUCAACCAACCACAGAGAAAACAACCAUCACCAUGGCUGUUAGAAGAUCUGCUAGACUCAAGUUAAAGGAGGAAGAAGAACAGGAGCGCUAUAGGACUCCAUUGAGGGGAGGCCAGGCGGUAAAGAGGCGCCUCUCUAGCACUAGUAAUAGUUUUAGUGAAGAAGGUAGUCCACCAGCUACUAGUGCUAUAAAGGAACAACUCGAGUGUCAAGACAUUGUCAGUGCUAGUGAUGAAGAUGUGGUGGCUGUUACUCCCAAGAGGAAACAAACUCGCAAAACCAAUAACUUCUUGAAACUGUACAACUCUUAUAAUCGUGAUGAUGGUUACGAUCUCUAUGAGGAUGAAUUUAUAGACGACAGUGAGGAGGUUGUCAACAAAAAAAAUCGAAGGAAGGAAAAAAGGACUAGACGUGAUUCUAACAGUUCCAGCAGCUCAGAUAUCGGAGGUCGAAGGUCAAAACGUAAAAAAGCAGAAAUGCAAUUGUCCAGUGAUGAAGAGAUUGGGCAAAUUACGAGUAACCGUGGAAACGAACCAGCUGGAAUCAUUAUUUCGAAAAUCUCUGUCAACGAUAGUCAUACAAGAUACUCAAGUGAUUCUGAUGUUGAGUGUAGUUUAAGAAGACCGAGAGCGGCUAUUAACCGAAGCAGACUAGACUCUUAUCUCUCAGAUAGCUCUGAGGAGGAUAUAAAGGUUAAAACGAAGACACGGAAGAAGAGACGAGUGCAGUGUCCGGAGAGUGAUGAAGAGUUAGCAAGUUUCACUCCAGCCAAGAAAUCCCCUUCCAGAGCAGAGAGACUAAAACAAGAGAAAAUGUCAAAAAGAGACACCCUCCUCCGCAAACUAAAGAACAAUGAUGACUCCCCCUCACCCUUGGAGAACACGAACUCCCUGUACUUGGAAACACCCGACGAUGGUGGUACCAGUCAUAGUUGUUUUGAUCCCUCUAAAGACGUCCAGUUUUUAGGGGAGAGGGUUUUGUUUUGUGUGGAGAGUGAAGACUCGAGCGAUGAGGGGAGCGAUUGGAUUGUGAGCGAGGAGGAGGGGGAGGAGAUGGAUGUCACCGCAUUCAUUGAUGUGGAACUAAUGAAAGGGGUUCACUCGGCUGUCUUGAUGAGGGACACACUUUCGUUGGGCUCGGCUAGUGAUGGUGUGGAGGAUGUGGGCGGUGAUGGUGGGGGCGGUGAUGAUGUCAUUGAGGAUAGUGACGAUGAUUUACUGAUCCAGCUAUUGAAAGCUGUCACGAGUGAUGAAAGUGUUGACUUGCUAACGCGACUUCUACCUCAAGCAAAGCCAGUCAUUAACACAGCGUUGCUUGAAGGUCGCAAUGCUCUGAUGCUGGCUGCCCUGAGGGGGGACUGUGGGGCACUCUCACUACUGCUGGAACAUGGCGCUAACGUCAACUGCUCAGACAAUAGUUUGACCACACCCCUCCACCUGGCGGCCUUAGUGGGAGCUGUGGAGUGUGUGGAGGCCUUGAUAGCCCGAGGGCACACUGUGGACUGCCGAGAUGCCAAGGGUUGGUCCCCACUUUUGUACGCUCACUUUGAGGACCACCAGGACUCUGUGUUGGCACUCAUGAGAGCAAGACCUCAGCAGCUGACUGUGUUGAGUGAUCUGCUGAGACGAGCGCCCGAGGAAGGCACUGAAGCGAGGAGAAGAACUGUCAAGGUGGUACGCUCUCUCCUGGUGUCUCUGGCCCAUCACGAGAUCUAUUACUCUCUGUUCAACAGCUUUAUAAGUGACAACCUUUCUGUGUUGGACGAGGACGGCUUUGGCUUCAUGAGCCACUGCAUGGCACUGCUCAGCUUUGAGAACAAGCAGGCCUGGCUCAAAGGAAAGCUGGCCAGACUGAAAGACUAUGCAGCCACUGACCAGACUCACUGCAGCUGGCAUACAAAGGUGUGUCUCACAGACGUACCCAGGGACAAAGUGCUGGAGGCCGUCAGAGAGCGUCUGUCUGACCUUGUGACCUCUCCGCAGAGAUGCUGGGCACAGAGCCUGUUCGUCACCUUCAAAGGGGAGGCAGGGAUCUGCACUGGUCCUCGUAAAGAGUUCUGGUCGUGUUUGUGCCAAGCAGUUACAAAGAAAGAAAAAAUGUUCAAGCUGACAGACGGAGGUCAUCUCAGUCUUCAGCCGUGCUCCUUGUUCACGGACUACCCGUCAGCCCGCCUCUCCCCUCCCCUCGCUCAACGCCACGCCCACCUACUCCACCUCCUUGGUAUGAUGCUGGCCUUUGCUGUCUUCCAUGGCGACACACUCGACCUCAGUCUAGCAAAGCCAGUCCUCAAGAGACUGGUGGACCACCCCCUGACACACCCACAAGACUUGGAAGACAUCGACCAAACCCUCUAUCAUACACUCACCACAUUGCAAGAUGAGAUUAUCGAUGAUAUGGAGCUGUCGUUCACGACGACUCUCCAGUGCCCGUGGACCAAUCAGACGGUAGACGUGCCUCUCAGGGAGGGUGGGCAGAACAUCGCCGUAACCAAGGGCAACAUAAAUGACUACAUUCGUGAUCUAUCUCAGUUUAAACUGGACACUUGUGUUGCCAAGGAGAUGAGCUCGUUUCUGUCGGGAUUUUGGAAGGUGAUUCCUCGGAGGUGUCUGCAGGUGUUCAAACCUAACGAGCUGGCACUGCUCAUAUCUGGAGUGCCCACCAUCAGUGUGGAUGACUGGUACAAACACACACAGUAUUACGGUGUGACUGCGUCUGAUGACAUCAUCGUCUGGUUUUGGACGUUAGUGGCAAGCCUCAAACAAGAAGAGAAGGCGCUACUGCUAAAGUUCUCCACGGGAUCUCCGAAUGUCCCUGCUGGGGGAUUCUCUCAGCUGCACGGGCUCAGUGGCCCCACCCUCUUCAAUAUCACACUCAUAUCAGGCAAGGACAAGAUCCCACAAGCCUCCACUUGUUUCAACCAACUCAAACUUUCUAAGUAUUCUUGUGAACAAGAACUACGCAAUAAAGUACUUAUAGCCCUACGAUAUGGUUGUGAGGGAUUUGCAUUCUCUUGAUUCUUAUUUUUCCUUCAAUUAUUUAUGAGAAUACCGAUUUUACAUUUGAUCACAGAA